CUGUGUCGUUCCUCAAACUCCUUGGCUAGCCUACAUCAAAAUGCCACCACUCUUCAGCCUGCCUAGGGCGCCAGCAUAUCAGUAUUCUCCUAUUAUUUCACGUCCCCGCGCAUUCCGGCUCAUCCGGAUCCUCCCACCCCACCGUGCCUUCUUCGGUGACACGUUGCGGAUUGAGAUCAUCACUGUUGACGACGACAGCCCCUGUCUGUACGACACUCUGUCAUACACAUGGGGGUCGACAAACGGACGCGCGCCAAAUCGCCGAAUUCUUGUCGAGACUCAACAUGGGCCUCAUGAGUUGCGCAUCUACCAGUCUCUGGAGCUUACGCUCCUCAGCAUCAAGGCGAAUCGGCCCAUUUUUGUCGACCAGAUCUGUAUCAACCAGUGCGAUGAUGAGGAAAAGGCCAACCAGGUCCAGUUGAUGCAUGACAUCUAUGCAAAUUCCUCUCAGUUGCUGGUCUGGCUAGGCCCUGAAACCAAGCUAUCCAAUGAAUACUUUUCUUACACUUCCAAAGUGUGUGAUGAAGGGAUUCUAAGCCGCUUCAUCGGUCCAAGGAGGGGUGAUUUUCCCCAAGUAUUCGAUGCAGUCAUGAAGCCAAAGAUUGAAGUCACCGGAUCCAUUCGCGAGGAUCGAGAUGAUGUUCUAAUGCUGCUGUCAAAAUAUGGAAACUCUUACCCAGUAGAUGGCCUUGAAGACGUGUUACGUCGGCCUUGGUUCAACCGCCUCUGGAUCAUCCAGGAGGUCUGUUUGGCGCCCAAUGUUUUGUUCAUUUGCGGCUCUAAGGAUAUGAGCUUCGAAUACUUUCAACUUGGUCUUCUUUUCUACACAAUCUACAACACGUUCUGGUUAGAAAAUCUGAAGCAUGCCGUGUCCCAGGCUGAACUUACUCAGCGCGACAAUAUCUUCGGCCUCAAUCAAAGUCCUAUUCGCAUGAUCCAGGAACGCAAGGCGAUUCACAUGCACGGGAAAAGACAUUCGCUAUACAACUUGAUCAUCAAGUACAAUACGAAUGGCGAUCAAAAAAAGAUUGGAGCCACGCUGGCCGAGGACCGAGUGUUUGGCAUUAUGGGACUAGCAGAAGCUCAAAGCUUGAUUGGGAUGAAUGUCCGAUACGGAGAUGUAUCCAGGACUUUUACUGAGAUUGCUGCAUUCUUGGUCGUCCAAAAUCUCGAUGUCAUACUCUUCUCACAGUUUCCCAAGCACAUCCCGAAUCUCCCAUCUUGGGCACCUGAUUGGUCUAUGAACCUACAGAUACCAGCCAGCUACUUGACAUUACAGGAGCCAAUCUUCAGCGCUGGAGGGGCUAUGGCCGUGAAACCAAGUGUGGAUUUGAACUCGAGGUGUCUGGUUGCUCGAGGCAUUGCAGUUAGCAACAUUGUGAAAGUUGGCCAACAAGCCAUGGUGAAGGAUCCAGAUCAACGAGUCGUGCAAGGGGUUGAUUAUCGUUCCGUGAAGAGAUUUUACGAUGAGCUCGAUGUUUUCAUCCCUCAAUCCCGCAUCAAAGACGACAUCGAAAUGGCUGCCAUUCGCCUAGCAGGUUUUGAUCUUUCGAUGAGGCAAUUCGCAGCGAGAUAUCCCGAUGACACAGCGGAAAGGCUGAAGAAAACAAAAGAGCAACUUUCGAAAUGGGGUCAGAAGUUAAUCGACACUGACAAUAUCGUCUCGUCAUACCAUAUCAGUCGCGUGUUCGGCACCGUUGGCAUUACUCCUUGGUACUGGGUUCCUGCGAGUGAAACCGAUGCUCUUCAGCUCUGGGCCGUAAACCCGGUAGCGGCCUUCACGAAGUGGGUGAAGGCCGCUGGGAUGUUUAUCUUCGACCUUAUUGGAAUGUCUGUCGCGUCAGCAAAUGUGGUGCUAUUGUCUAAGUAUCUUCGAUUGCGACGCAAAUAUUCCCGCAUGGACUUGAAUGCCUCAGGGAGGGAUGGGGUGAUGAAGAGGGUUGGCUUGGAUCCCGAGAUGGCCCUGGGAGAGAUGAGCUUUUAUUCAAAUGACUUGAUAAAAAAUGUCGGACAGAAGGUGUAUCUGACCGAGGAAGGUCACAUAGGCACGGGUUGCAACGACAUACAAGAAGGCGACACAGUAGUUGUGUUGUUUGGGGCGAGUGUUCCACACAUUUUAAGGAAGAACGAAUCUGUUACUGGGGAGGAUACUUGGUCAUAUAUCAGCGAGGCAUACUGCGAUGGGAUCAUGCAUGGGGAAAUUUUGGGGGGUGAUGGCGUUGAUUUUCAUAUUGUUUGAAUCUUUUGAUUCUGAAUGAUGAUCAAAUAAUCAGUGUCGAGGUUGAUCUACAUGGCUCAGUGAACAAAGAUGGCUAACAACGGGGUAUGAAGGUCAAGACUGCGAGCUAGCGGAAGAGCUAUCAGGUUUUCAGUCUUUGGGCCAACAGCUCUGAGCCAUUGCGGAGGUUGCGACUAACCCGCAUACGAUACCAACUGGCUUCUCGGCAAAGAUAAUUAUGACCCUGCAUAUUAUUGACGCUUCUGGAAUAUACAGUGGGUGGCUAAAAGCUUUUCCAAUGGUCUUAGAAUGACACAUCAUAUUUUGGAGAAGGGAGAGAUAAGGAAUUAGCUAAAGAGAGACGGAGGCAUUUUGGGCAGGAAACUCCGAG